AUGGGUACAACUCCCAGUGUACAGGAGGAUCUUCAAAAUCUGAAGAAGUUCCCGGCCAAGAACUCCUCGCGCAGACAGGCCUUUCAACGCCUCCAGCAGUCGCUGGUUUCACGCUUGGGCACGGCUGAGUUGCUCUCCGUGGUUGCCCAGGUGGAACGCUUGAGAUUUGAGCUGUGGCAGGCACCGCCGUCCGGAGCCACACGUUUGCCGCCCCAGGUGCUGGCGGACCGCGUGCGGGGGACGGUGUUCGGUGCGGCUCUGGGAGAUGCUGCGGGGCUCGCCACAGAGUUCCUAAGCCAUGCAGAAGCGGUGGACUUCUAUGGCCCCAAGGCAGAUUUCCAACCAGGUCGCGAGGUCUUUCCUGAUGAGCAUAGGAUGAUGUGGUGUGCAGGUGACUGGACAGAUGACACUGAUCAGCAGGUGCUCUUGAUGCAAUCGUUGUUGAAUACGAAGGGCCACGCAGAUCCCUGUGACUUUGCAGCUCGCCUAGCUUCGUGGCGGACAUCUGGCUUCCCAGAGCUCGGAGACCAAUCUGCAGCAGGAUUGGGGCAGACAACCAAACUCGUGCUCAACGAUCCUGACUUCACUUCUGCGCCUCAUAAGGCAGCAGCUGCGCACUCUUCCAAAACUCCGUCCAACGGUGGAGUGAUGAGGACCGCAGUGGCCGGAAUUCCUCACUUCUGGGAUGAAGAUACCGUUUGUGCCGCUGCAGACAGCUUUUGCCGCACCACUCAUGCAGACCCCCGAUGCGUUGCAAGCUGCUUGGUGGUGGCUCUUUGUGUUAGUCGCCUUUUACGUGGCGAAGACACAGAGGACAUCAUGGAGUCUGUGGCGCGCCCAGCCAUGGCCAAAGCUCGAGCAGAGUGUGCUUUGUCUGAAGAAUGGGAUGAAGAGAUGCAACGUCAUGCCGAAGGCGAAUUGAGUGACUUGAAUCUGGAUGAGAGAAAGACCAUUGGCUACACCUUCAAGUGCCUUGGUGCCGGGCUGUGGGCCUUGCGUUCCUCGGGCAGCUUUGAAAGCGUGCUGAAUCAACUGAUCUUGGCAGCUGGAGAUGCAGACACCAACGGGACUGACUGGAUUGCGGGCAUGCCUUACAGCUCCUGGCUAGAAGCAUAUGUGCAGAAAGUUCUGUUCAUGCUUCGUCUCCGGGAAGCUUCUUGA